AACAUUUUUUCUGUGCCAGGUGGCAACGUCCGAACGCUUUGAUACAACUCUAAGUUGCCACGUCUUUUUCCUGGACGUGUUUUUGAUAAAUAAAUAAUAGUAAUAAUUAAUAAAAAUGGCUCCACAACAAAAAGGUAAACAGGCCACGAAGGGCGCUAAACAAAUCGUGGAGGAGAACAAGACAACAUUAGCAUUUUAUAGGAACAUGUCGAUUGGAUGCGCUGCACCUGCCGUCCUUUUAAGUUUUUUGCUGUUUGAGAUCACAAAACUCACAGUGUUCAUGCUGGCCGUAUCGCUUCUUAUCUUAGGAGCCGCUUACCAAUUUAUGGUAUUCAUGUCCCGUGCUAAAUACUCGGAGAGCGGGGCUCUUCUUGACUCUGGAAAUGACUUAAAUAUGGAAGGAGGCAUUGCGGAAAAUGUCAAGGAUCUUAUCAUUCUUACAUCUGGCACACUGUUGAUGGCCUUAAUUUCGAAUUACUUCUGGCUAGUACUAUUGCUGGCUCCGAUUCGCGCGGUGUGGAUGCUCUGGGGCACUAUUAUACAGCCCUGGCUGUCGCAGAAAAAUUCCAAUGAGGAGCCCGAACUGGAUGAAAAGAAACAACGAAAAUUGGACCGCAAAAUGCGUCGAAUCAGAUAAAAUGAUGGAAGUGAAAGGCAUUCAUUCGCCGGGCAUAGGUUGUAGUCAUUAACCUUUGGUUUAAGCUGCAUUCAUUACAUACUCGCACGAGGCUGCUUUAUAUGCUUACACCUAAUAUUAAUAUGAGAUUUUUAAGCUUAGAUAGCUUGGUCAUUAGGAGACCAACGCAAAGAUGUGACGCGGGUAUUUAAAUUGGUUUGUUUUCCACAAUAAAACCGAGACAAUUGUCUCUAGUCAAAGAAAAA